AUGACAAUAUAUCAAUUUUUGCUACUGUUUCUACUGUGGGAAUGCCUGCCACAUUUAUGUUCUCCAGAGAUAACAUUCAGAAGGACUCCUGUGCCACAGCGAAGAGUUUUAGAUGCACGUGUAUCAAGGAGUGAUGGCAAAAUCCUGCACCGUCAAAAACGUGGUUGGAUGUGGAAUCAGUUUUUCUUACUGGAGGAAUAUACAGGAUCCGAUUAUCAAUAUGUAGGCAAGCUUCAUUCAGACCAAGAUAAAGGAGAUGGAUCACUCAAAUAUAUUUUAUCUGGAGAUGGAGCUGGUACUCUUUUUAUUAUUGAUGAAAAAACAGGUGACAUCCAUGCCACACGAAGAAUUGAUAGGGAGGAAAAGGCUUUCUAUACUCUGCGUGCACAAGCUAUUAACAGAAGAACUCUAAGGCCCGUAGAACCAGAAUCUGAGUUUGUGAUCAAAAUCCAUGAUAUCAAUGACAAUGAGCCAACAUUCCCAGAAGAAAUUUAUACAGCUAGUGUUCCUGAAAUGUCUCUUGUUGGUACUUCCGUGGUGCAAGUCACAGCUACAGACGCCGAUGACCCUUCCUAUGGGAACAGCGCCAGAGUCAUUUACAGCAUCCUUCAAGGGCAGCCCUACUUCUCUGUGGAGCCUGAAACAGGCAUUAUCAGGACUGCUUUAUCAAACAUGAACAGAGAAAACAGAGAGCAAUACCAAGUGGUCAUCCAGGCUAAGGACAUGGGGGGCCAGAUGGGCGGCUUAUCGGGGACCACCAUGGUGAACAUCACGCUGACUGACGUCAAUGACAACCCUCCUCAUUUCGUCCAGAAAAAUGUUCAUCUUCGGGUGCUUGAAUCUUCCCCAGUCGGCACAGCGAUUGGAAGUGUAAAAACCACAGAUGCGGAUAUUGGGAAAAAUGCUGAAGUGGAAUUUCGCAUCAUCGAUGGUGAUGGGAUGGAUAUGUUUGACAUCAUCACUGAGAAGGACACGCAAGAAGGCAUUAUAACUGUGAAAAAGCCACUGGACUACGAAAGCCGAAGACUUUACACUUUGAAAGUGGAAGCAGAAAACACCCACUUGGACCCGCGCUUUUAUUACCUGGGGCCGUUUAAAGACACUGCAAUUGUGAAAAUCUCUGUUGACGAUGUGGAUGAGCCUCCCGUUUUUAGCAGAUCUUCCUACCUGUUUGAGGUCCAUGAAGAUAUUGAAGUGGGCACCAUCAUCGGCACUGUGAUGGCAAGGGACCCAGAUGCUACUUCCAGUCCCAUCAGAUUCUCCUUGGAUCGCCAUACUGACCUUGACAGGAUCUUUAAUAUACAUUCUGGAAAUGGAUCACUUUAUACAUCAAAACCCCUUGACCGAGAGCUAUCUCAAUGGCACAAUCUUACUGUUAUUGCUGCUGAAAUCAAUAAUCCCAAAGAAAUGACACGUGUGGCUGUUUUUGUGAGAAUUCUAGAUGUCAAUGACAAUGCCCCACACUUUGCUGUGUUCUACGACACUUUUGUGUGUGAGAACGCCAGGCCAGGACAGCUAAUACAGACUAUAAGUGCAGUAGAUAAAGAUGACCCAUUAGGUGGACAGAAAUUUUUCUUCAGUUUAGCAGCUGUCAAUCCAAACUUCACGGUGCAGGAUAAUGAAGAUAAUACUGCCAGAAUUUUAACCAGGAAAAAUGGAUUCAACCGACAUGAAAUAAGUACCUAUCUCUUGCCUGUGGUGAUAUCAGACAACGAUUACCCCAUCCAGAGCAGCACAGGCACGCUGACCAUCCGGGUGUGUGCCUGCGACAGCCAAGGCAACAUGCAGUCCUGCAGCGCGGAGGCCCUGCUUCUCCCUGCAGGCCUCAGCACUGGGGCUCUCAUCGCCAUACUGCUCUGCAUCAUUAUUCUGCUGGUUAUAGUGGUGCUGUUUGCAGCUCUGAAAAGGCAGCGGAAAAAGGAGCCUCUUAUCCUGUCUAAAGAGGACAUCAGAGACAACAUUGUGAGCUAUAACGACGAGGGUGGCGGAGAGGAGGACACGCAGGCCUUUGAUAUCGGCACCCUGAGGAAUCCUGCAUCCAUUGAGGAGAAGAAGCUCCGGCGAGACAUUAUGCCAGAAACGCUCUUUAUACCACGGAGGACUCCCACAGCUCCAGACAACACGGAUGUGCGGGAUUUCAUUAACGAGAGGCUAAAAGAACAUGACCUGGAUCCCACCGCACCUCCGUACGACUCCCUGGCAACCUAUGCUUACGAAGGAAACGACUCCAUUGCUGAAUCCCUGAGUUCGUUAGAAUCAGGUACUACUGAAGGAGACCAAAACUAUGAUUACCUCCGAGAGUGGGGUCCUCGGUUUAAUAAGCUUGCGGAAAUGUAUGGUGGUGGGGAAAGCGACAAAGACUCUUAACCUACAAACUACGUCCUGUUCGAACAGAGCAAGUAACUUUAGGGCAGUCUCCGCUUCACAAUAUUUGAUAUUCAGGAGAAUUUUCCUGUCACUCAGCACAAUUUUUUCCCAUCUAGUUUUUAAUUUGUUCAUUAAUUCCAUUAAUUCUUUCUUGUAGGAUGUCUCAUGGAAUAUAUAUGACAGUUUAUUUAAUCACUUCCAAGAGCCAAAGCUAUGGAAAUUCAGUGUUGUCCAUUUUAGUAAAUUAAAGAUGAACAGGAUAGGUUUCCCUUAAGCAACCUCACAAGCAAGCCGCUUCUGUUAGAUACACACCCUACCCUUGCAAAUAAAGCUUUUAAAAAAAGAAGACGACGACGAAUUUUAAGGUAUAUCCUGUUCUGUACAUUAAAUUAAACAAGAAGUACACGUGAUGUUAGUAGGUGUGAUAUGCAA